CAAUUUGCUCAGACCAUGCUUUUUGCAAUUGAAGAGAUAAAUAACAGAACAGACCUACUGCCAGGUAUUUCUCUUGGAUACAGCAUAUAUGACACUUGUGGUUCCAUUCCCGGAAGUAUAAAAGUUGCACUUGCCUUGAACAAUGGCGAUGAGAGUCUAUCUUCAAACUCUGAAACACUAUGUACCAAACCUGUACAAGUGCAGGCUAUAGUGGGAGAAACGUCUUCCUCUCCAAGCACUGCAAUAGCUACUCUCAUUGGACCAUUUAAUAUACCACUGAUCAGCCACUUUGCCACAUGUGCUUGUCUCAGUGAUAAAACUAAAUAUUCAUCCUUUCUUAGAACGGUACCCAGUGACUAUUAUCAGAGCAGAGCUCUGGCACAUUUGGUGAAACAUUUUGGUUGGAGUUGGGUUGGAGCAGUUAGGAGCAAUGAUGAUUAUGGCAAUAAUGGCAUAGCUAUAUUCACGGAAACUGCAGAGCAGCUGGGCAUUUGUCUGGAAUAUUCUAUUUCUUUCUUUAGAACAGAUUCAACAGAAAAAAUGCAAAAGGUAAUCAAUACCAUAAAGGCUUCAACAUCAAAGGUGAUUAUCGCCUUUGUUGCUCACCUGGACAUGGACAUGCUUAUACAUGAGCUGUCCAACCACAACUUGACUGGGUACCAGUGGGUGGGAAGUGAAGGAUGGAUCUCUGAUUCUCAGUUUGCAACAGUGGACAAGAAUCACAUUCUGGAUGGAGCAAUAGGUGUCUCCAUCCCUAAAGCACAUGUGAGUGGUCUCAAAGAUUUCAUGUUUGAUGUGAGGCCACUGAAAUCUUUAAAUAAUGACUUAUAUACAGAGUUCUGGGAGACAUUGUUUAGCUGCAGGUUCAAGCAGGAGAAAUCAGGUGAAAAGUAUCAAGAAUGCACUGGUAAUGAGGAUCUGACUGGAAUGGAAAACAGCUUCACCGAUAUGUCACUCAUGCCCAUUUUCAACAAUGUCUAUAAAGGAGUGUAUGCUGUGGCUCAUGCUCUGCAUAAUAUUCUUGAAUGUGAUAAAAGAUGCAACAGCAAUGUGCAGCUAGAUCCUUUCACGAUUUUUCAGCACAUUCGAAAGAUUUACUUCAAAACAAAGGAGGGAGAAGAGGUUUACUUUAAUAAGAAUGGAGAUCCAGCAGCAAAAUAUGAAGUAAUGCACUGGCAGCCAAGAGAAAAUGGCACUUUGGACUUUGUUACAGUUGGUGUUUAUGAUGCAUCAUUACCAUUUGAGAAACAGCUAAGUCUUCAAAAUAAGUCCUUAAUUUGGGCAAAGAGAUCAACACAGGUACCUGUCUCAGUUUGCAGUGAGAAGUGUCCCCCAGGAACACAUAAGGUUCUCCAGAAAGGAAAGCCUGUUUGCUGCCAUGACUGUGUAAAAUGUGCUGAAGGAGAAAUUAGCAACAUUACAGAUGCUGUCACCUGUGUGAGAUGUCCCCCUGAAAUGUGGCCAAACAAGAGAAGAGAUGUCUGUGUAAAGAAGGAAGCUGUUUAUUUAUCAUAUGAGGAAAUUAUGGGUAUACUCCUCACUACUGCGGCAUUGUUUGGAACAUGCAUAACAGCUAUUGUGAUAGUAAUUUUUUUCAGAUACAGGAAAACUCCUCUUGUCAGAGCAAACAACUCUGAGCUGAGCUUCCUCCUUCUUUUCUCCCUGACUCUUUGUUUUCUCUGCUCUCUAACUUUCAUUGGCCAGCCUUCAAAGUGGUCCUGCAUGCUCCGACACACAGCAUUUGGCAUCACCUUUGUGCUCUGUCUCUCUUGUGUCCUGGGGAAAACAAUGGUGGUUUUAAUGGCAUUUAAAGCUACGCUUCCUGGGAGAAAUAUGAUGAAAUGGUUUGGAGCUACACAGCAGAGAUUCAGUGUCCUGGGUUUCACUCUUGUUCAAGUAAUCAUUUGCAUCCUGUGGUUAACAAUCUCUCCUCCUUUUCCCUUCAAAAACUUUAAGGAAUUCAAAGACAAAAUUAUCUUAGAGUGUGCUCUUGGCUCAGCUGUGGGUUUCUGGUCUGUACUUGGUUAUAUAGGACUUCUUGCUGUGUUGUGUUUUGUUUUUGCUUUUUUAGCUCGAAAGCUGCCUGAUAAUUUUAACGAAGCUAAAUUCAUUACCUUCAGCAUGCUAAUAUUCUGUGCUGUAUGGAUAACUUUUAUCCCGGCAUAUGUCAGCUCUCCUGGAAAUUUCAGUGUUGCUGUAGAAAUCUUUGCUAUUCUUGCUUCCACUUUUGGUCUGCUAAUCUGUAUUUUUAUUCCAAAAUGUUAUAUCAUGUUACUCAAACCUGAGAAAAAUACCAAAAAGCACAUAAUGGGGAAAGUGCCAUCAAAGUCAUUUUAA